AGCGGUUUUGCAGCAAGCAGCAGUCUGAACAAGCACAAAAUAGUUAUGUGUUUGUAUGGUUUGCAAGGUUUCUGUUUCUGUGUCUGUUCGGUUUCGGUUUCAGUUGGUUCGCGAGAAUCAUCGCCUGCUAGUUAUUUUGCGGCGUUCGGCAUGUGCGCACACUGCGAAAUUUAUCGUGCCAUUUUUAUUUGAUUUGCAUAAGUAAAUAUUUUACAUAGUUGUGUGCAAAUACAUUUUUACACAAGCAAAUUUCGUUAUAGAUAGUUUUUUAAGUGAAUUUUGGACUUGAAAGUGUAAAAAGUGGGUUAAAGUGAACUUAAGUGCAAUUGAUAGUGUACUUGAUUUAAUUUGUGUAUAAAAUUUGGAUCACCUAAACAUUUUGAAUUUUGCAACAUAUAUAAUAAUUAAUUAUUAUAUAAAACCCAAACUGACCAUGAAACUAUGCUGAAUCAACUCGACACUUAAACCCAAAUUUUAAUACAAUUUUAAUAACUAUUACUUAAUAAUAUAACCAAAUUUAAAUUUUGGAGUGUAAUAAACAUACACACACGCACGUUGAUUAUGAAAUAAUCGCUCAGAUUCGCACGUUUCGCAGCGUUUAAAUUCCAUUAUCCUCGUAUCUCCGGUGGUUAUUCGUUUUUUGUUGAUCACCUGAUUCCGGCUGAUAGCUGAAUUUCGGCCGCGUUUAUAAAUCGUGAUCACACACCACGUCCAGGCUUAUUGUUUGAUCGGCUGUCAAAUUAGACUAGACUAGACAAGAAAAUAUCCAAAAAAUAUAAAAUAACAAUUAAAACAAAUGUGAUUUCAUACUAAACUUAUAAACUUAAAAUUAUUUUUUAAAAUUUAAAUGAAUUGUGAUAAAUAAAUCCAUGUGAAUAUUUGUGAAUAUUAAAUUAAUUACUUACGUAUACGUAAUUUAAACAUACUUAAAUAUUAUUAAUACAUAAACAAUGGUGUCUGAAAAGGAACAACUUACAGAUGCUGUAAAAUUUGGUAUCGUGGCACCAUCACCGGAUAUCCCUCGAAACACCAACGAGCAGAGAUUGCUUUAUCAUCAGAGCGAGCUGAAUACUGCUAUACAGUAUGAGAAGCCAAAACACACUUUCAGGAAAACAAUGCAGCGUGCAUGUAAAUGCAAUCCGUUGGCGUUCCUGUAUCGAACGAUUCCGAUUCUCUAUUGGCUGCCGAAAUACAAAUGGCGCUCGUGUAUUUCCGGUGAUCUGAUGGCUGGGAUUACUGUUGCCAUUAUGAAUAUUCCUCAGGGUAUGGCCUAUGGUCUCUUAGGAAAUGUCGCCCCUGUAGUAGGAAUAUACAUGGCCUUCUUCCCAGUACUAAUGUACACCAUUUUUGGAACAUCUCCUCAUGUAUCAAUGGGAACCUUUGGAAUUGUCUGCCUGAUGACAGGAAAAGUUGUAGCUUACUACGGAGCUGACGAGUUCCUAGCUGCCAACACCAAUGUCACUCACAAUCCUGAACUCGGACCCGAUUUUGAAUCAUACACCAAUCUACAAGUUGCUGUUACUAUUACGUUUACUGUAGCGAUGGUCCACUUUGUGAUGUACAUUUUCCGCUUGGGAAUCGUCGCAAACCUACUUUCGGAGACUUUGGUAAAUGGUCUCACUUGUGCCUGUGCUUUUCACGUAGUAGGGUCUCAGUUAAAGGAUUUGUUUGGUCUCCCAAUUGCCAAACGUCGUGGAUAUUUCACUUUACCACUGACACUUUACGAUUCAGUAAUGGCAUUACCUUUAGCAAACAAAGCAGCUGUCUCCAUGUCGUUAAUUUGUAUUGUUUGUAUGGUCAUAAACAACGAGAUAAUUAAGCCAAUAGUAGCAAAGAAAACAAAAAUUCCAAUCCCAAUCGAGCUUCUCGCUGUUGUCCUUGGUACAGCAGUAUCAUAUUUUGGAAAUUUCAGUGAAGUGUUUAAUAUAACCGUUGUCGGUCAUCUGCCUACAGGAUUUCCAGAACCGGCUUUGCCUCAAUUUUCACUGAUACGUCACAUCUUUACGGAUUCCUUGAUGAUCGCCAUUAUUAGUUAUGUGGUGACGAUGUCUAUGGCGUUGAUGUUGGCACAGAAGAACAAAUAUGAGAUUGAUGGUAAUCAAGAACUGCUAGCGUUGGGUAUUUCGAAUACAGUAGGUUCUAUGUUUUCUUGCAUGCCAAUAACGGCGUCGUUAUCGAGAUCAGUUAUUCAGGAAGCUGUGGGUGGAGCAUCUCAACUGGCUUCGGUCGUUUCCUGCCUGAUAUUGAUGUGUGUUUUGUUGUGGAUUGGUCCCAUGUUUUCGUUUUUGCCUAAAUGUUUUCUAGCUAGUAUAAUCGUCGUAGCAUUAAAAUCUCUCUACAUGCAAGUCCAAAAUCUACCCAAAUUUUGGCGCAUGAGUAAAUGGGACGGAAUCCUGUGGUUACUGACAUUUGUAACAACCACCACCAUCGCCAUCGAUAUCGGCCUUGGUGCAGGAGUACUCCUCUCCAUUAUCAAUCUCUUCUACCACGGACAAUAUCCGUACACUUGCCUACUUGGAUCUGUACCAAACACUGAUCUCUAUUUAGAUAUGAAAAGAUUUAAAGGGGCCCAAGAAAUUGCGGGUAUAAAAAUCUUCCACUAUUGCGGAUCCUUGAAUUUUGCUACGAAAGCAAUGUUCAAACAUUUAUUAAUGAAAACCACAGAAAUGGAACCGCAGAAAUUUUCGAGAAAAAGCGUUGAUUCCGCAGAGAACGCCGAAAAACUAAUGCCAACUAAAUGUAUCAUCUUAGAUUUGGCAGCCUUGACAUUUAUUGAUCCUUCGGGAGUCACCCAACUUAAACUCGUACAAACAGAGUUUAAAGAGAAGAAUGUAGAGUUUUAUGUAGCUGGAUGUUCAGGUCCAGUUUAUGAAACGUUAAGACUUUGCGACGUUGAAGCAAAUAAAGGAACACGUUUUCAAGUGUUUCCUCGUGUGCACGACGCCGUUAUGUUUGCCAAAUUGACAUUUUUCACAGAAAACGAGUCAUGAUUAAUCUACCAGGGCAAAAAUUAGCAAAUUUUUCUAAAGUUUUAAUGAAAAUUUAAAGUGCCUGUUAAAAACAAUAUUGAUACAAGGAUACCAAAUGAUAAACUAUUUAAUGUUAUAUUCUUGGUUAGAAACAAAAUGGCUGCUAUUUUUUUAAUGUUAUAUUUUAGAGAAAUAUUCAACCUACAAUUUAUUUUUAUAUCAAUUGUUGAUAUAUGUGCGUGUGCAUAGAUAUAAAUAUCUAUAUGAAAUAUUUAUUUGUACAAUCUACUAUUAUUGUUAAAUAAUAAACAAGUUUGUUUAAGA